AGCUUGUGACUAAGCAUUUAGUUUCCUACCUUAUAAUUUCUCUCCAUAUAUGCAUGGGUUCGUGUGUCCGUUUUUGCAAUAAUCAGUACCACCAUUGUCACAAGCCUCACAAUUCUCCUCUUUCCGCAAAACUAUCAAACAUGACUCUUCUGGGGUUCAAUCCUGCUACCCGGAUAGAUGUCGCGCUUCUCGCUCUUGCGAUUUUGGGGACUUGCUUCGCGGAAAAGCGAGAGAUUUACUUAGCUCUGAUGGAAGGAGACCCUGUUGCCUUCGCCGGCGUUUCUUCCUCGCAUGAGCACGGGUUUAGCCGGCAGAAUUUGAAUAGGGAAGCGUCGAGGGCUCACGCAAAGCGCCUAGUGGAUUCUCAUGACCAGCUUCUGCAAAGCGUUUUGGAGACUGGAAGCUACAAGAAGCUGUACAGCUUCAAUCAUGUCAUCAAUGGCUUCUCCGUCCACAUCACAGAAUCUCAGGCCAAGAGGCUCAAAGAAACUCCAGGAGUGAGGCUCGUGGAGAGAGACCGAGGAGCCAAGCUGAUGACCACCUACACCCCUCAAUUCCUGGGGUUGCGCCAAGGAGUCUGGAGGCAGCAAGGUGGGCCGAGGGACGCCGGCGAGGGCAUCGUCCUCGGCUUCGUUGACACCGGGAUCAACCCGGCGCACCCGAGCUUCGCGAACGUCGGUCUCCCGCCCUUGAAUGGCACUUCUCGAUUCUCUGGCGGCGCGUGCGAGACGGGUCCGCUGUUCCCUGCGAUCUCGUGUAACGGGAAGAUAAUCUCCGCAAGGUUCUUCUCCGCCGGGGCUCAAGCCGCCGCUGCUCUCAACCCUUUGGUGGAUAUUCUGUCACCUUUUGAUGCUGUUGGGCAUGGAAGCCACGUGGCGUCAAUAGCGGCCGGAAAUCCAGAUGUGGCGGUCGUCGCUAAUGGAUUGUACGGAUGGGCCAGCGGGGUGGCGCCUGGGGCAAGAAUAGCUGUCUAUAAAGUCGUAUACCCGACCGUGGGAACGUUGACGGACGUAGUUGCAGCAAUCGACCAAGCGGUGCAUGAUGGAGUGGAUGCACUGGCGCUGUCGGUAGGGCCAGAUGAAGCGCCGGAGGACACACCCACGUUGCUGAGCGUGUUCGACAUGGCGAUGUUGUCCGCGAGAAGAGCAGGCGUGUUCGUGGCACAGGCAGUGGGCAACAAGGGGCCUUCCCCCUCCACCGUGCUGUCCUACAGCCCCUGGGCCGUGGGCGUCGCCGCCGCCUCCACUGACCGGACUUACCCUGCCUCUCUCCUCCUCGGCAGCGGCCAAAGAAUCGCAGGGGUCGGCUUGUCAGGACCAACUCUAGGAAACGGCAUGGUUCAUUACAAGCUUGUAUUAGCCAAGGAUGCGAUCUUCCCCUAUGGGGCUUUCCCCAGAACGCCGCCGUACACGGAGGAGUGUCAAUACCCACAAGCCUUGGACCCUGCUCUAGUGCUGGGCAGCAUAGUCAUCUGCACUUUCUCUGCUGGCUUCUUCAACCAGACCUCCUCCCUCACCGCGAUCCUCAACACUGCAAGAUCUCGCGGAUUUGCGGGUUUCGUCCUUGUCGCGAACCCGGCGUACGGCGACUUCAUUGCUGAACCGAUUCCCUUUUAUGUUCCUGGGAUAAUGAUCCCGAGAGUCGCCGAUGCACAGGUCAUAUUAUUGUCUAUCUCUUCGCUUUACAUUCGGUUCUUUUUGCUGACGAAACUGCCGAAUGCUUUUGUGCAGAUCCUGUCACAGUACUAUGAGCAAGAGACAGGAAGAGAUCAAGGAGGAGCGUCGACCAGGUUUGGCGCGAGAGCCGCCAUUGGGGAAGGAAGAGUGGCUUCAUUUGGUGGGAGGGCACCUACUGUGAGCAGAUUCUCUUCCAGAGGACCAGAUUAUAUUGAUGUCGACAGGACUCCCGUUGAUGUGUUGAAGCCGGAUAUUCUCGCCCCUGGACACCAAGUGUGGGCGGCAUGGAGCCCGAUGAGCGCCUCGGAACCUAUUCUCGUCGGACAGAGUUUCGCAUUGCUGUCAGGGACGAGCAUGGCGACGCCCCAUGUCAUCGGAGCAGCAGCACUCAUCAAGCAAAUCAAUCCAUCAUGGACACCUUCUAUGAUCGCAUCGGCAAUGUUGACGACCGCCACCAAGCACGACAACUAUGGAGACCUGAUAAUGGCCGAAGGUUCGGAUAUCAGCAGCCUUAGUCCCGCGACUCCUUUCGAUAUCGGCUCUGGUCUUCUCAAUCCAACAUCUGCCCUUAAUCCUGGCCUUGUCUUCCCUUCAGAUCAUGAAGACGACAUCAGCUUCCUGUGCUCUUUACCUAAAAUGGACCCGUUGAUGGUGAAAGCAGCCACCGGAGAAUCUUGCACUCGCUCGCUCACCUACCCAUCUGAUUUGAACCUUCCCUCUGUGACAAUAUCCGCACUUACUGGAGUUCGAACAGUGCGCAGGAGGGUGAAGAAUGUGAGCGCCAGGCAGCUGACGUUUACGGUCUCGAUGCGACCACCGAAUGGAACGGCAAUAAGCGUGAACCCACCUUGGUUCACAAUAGAUCCCCAAGGAGUUCAAGACCUCGAUAUGGAAAUUAGCGUUACACAAGCAUCGAAUGAGCUUAGCGGGUUCCGCCACGGCGAAGUUGUCCUGACAGGACCCGAGGAUCCAAGCAGCCAGAUCCAGUUGGUGGUGCCCAUUACUUUUUCAGUAAGAGUUCAGCCAGACGGCUGAUUUCGUGUCGAGUAGAGCAUGAUCCGAAAGAUGUAAAGUCAGAUAAAUGCACACUAAACGUGAGUAUAAAUAAACGAGAACUUUCAGUAGGCGAUUUGAACCGAACAACGCUUAUUUUUUGCCAGGAGACCGGGCAUGAAGAUGUACAGCGAUGCAAUACUUGGGCUAUAAGCAAAGUGGCAAUACUGAACUUUUAGCUUUGUACCGUCCUAAAUGUGAAGUGAUAAUACAGGUUCAUAAUUA